AUGGAAGGCGAAACAGCCAUUGUAUCAUCGACAAAUCUCGAUCGAAAAAGUAAUUCUUCAUCUCCUCAUAGCGCAAAUCGUUCUCAACCAUCAUCUCGAAUAACAUCAGCAAAUGCUCGUUCGAAUAUGAAUGUUAGUGCUGCAAUCCGAGGACCAAAUACUGAAGAAAGACAUACUUUGCCAGAAAUACCUCGUAAUCCGCUAACUGCCAGUGUUGCACAUGUUGUUUCAAGAGAACUCGGCGAAAAUUUUCUCAAAGCUCCAAUACGUCCAGAAACAGUUAAGAAACUUGUGGUAUCAGGCAAUGUCGACGAUGCAUCUCACCGUCUCUAUGUCCAACAUUUACGAGAAAUUCAAGCAAAAAGAGAAUAUCAGUUACAAAAGAUUGGACAUGAUGAACAAGCACUUCUUUUAGCAGACAUUCAAGCACACGAAAAUCAAGAUAACGAUGACAAAACACAUCUAGCAAGUUUAUAUAUCGAUGAAGAUGAGUUAACAAGAGAUCAAGUGAUUCUACCACGAGAUUUCCUUAGCUACAAUCUACAAAAACAAGUCAAAUCAGAUACUAAAGCAGAAGAAAGCGAGCAAGUUCUGCAUGACGUGGAGAAAAAAUUGCCAAAACUAGCUGGCCAGCUGCAAAAGAGAACAUUGAAUACCUUGUGGAAAGAUCAGAUCAGCGUUGCGGAACGAGCUUACACUCGAGGGCAUUUACAACUGAUUGAUAAUUUGACGAAUUACCAUGUCAAUCCACGAUUCGACGAAGUACGAUCGAAACAAUUGAUUAACAAAUCAAGUUUAAUUCGACCACCUAGUCUAUUACCGGUUUUCGAAGCAAUCCCAUCGGAAAUUGUUUUCACGCGUUAUCGUGUAGGUGACGUUCAUGAAACGACAUUAAGUUUACGAAAUUUAAGCAGCGUUGCGCAUAGCUGUCGAGUUAUUCCGCCGAAAACGCGAAAUUUUUGUGUUAGUCUUUCCCAAUAUCCAUCCGAUCAUUCGCUUGUUGCUACGGGACUGAGUGUUGUUUACCAUGUGAAAUUCGCUCCAGAUACAUUGGGUGUGUUCGAAGAUGAAAUCAUCGUCCAAUGCUCUAAUGGAACGGAAUUUGCAGUAAAAUUAUUAGCAAAACGACCACCACCUGUGCUAACACUACCUUCUUUGGUUGAUUGCGGUUAUUGGUUAGCUGGCGGACGGAAAUUAUGCGAAUUUAAAGUGCGAAAUGAUGGUGGUGAAGGACGCUUUGCCAUCAUACCAGCAAAAUCGUGGCCGGCAGUGAAUUUCAAAACCGUAGUUCGUAGUGAUACAGUGCAUUUAUCACCAUUUGAACUAGCUCCUCCAACUUUUGAACUUCGUCCUGACGAUGCUUUUCCAUUACAAAUUUCGUUCACCCCACAAACACCGGGCGAAUUCACGGAAGAGUUUAUGAUGAUCUGUGAUAAUGGCGAAGUAUCGCGACACAAACUUACGGGCAUGGCACAAACAAUUCAAGUUCGUCUCGAAGAUGUCGAAGGCGGAGUCGUUGAUAUGAAUGAACUUGAAGCACGUGAUAUUUCUGCUCAAUAUUCAGUUAACUUCAUUUCCAUUACUCCAUAUUCGUACUGUCAAAGGAAAAUGAUUAUAAAGAAUUUAACUAAUGUUGAAUUACCCUAUGUGUGGACAUCACUUGAACCAGUUCUCUACACUCGCGAUGAUUUUGCUAAACAAUCUCAACCGAUAGAAAUUGAAAGAAUUGUCAGCGAAGCAUCACCAUUUCACGUUGAGCCAAGUCGCGGAGCAUUUCCGCCAGCAUCAUGCGUUGAAUUUCAUUUGAUAUUUGCACCAGCCCAAAUCGGAAACUUUCAUACAGUAUUUCAUCUAAUCAUUCCAAGUGCUCCAGUUUAUCCGAUUCCCACACCAAGUAUCGAUCAUACAAGUGCCAGUAAAGUUCAAGCAAAUGAGCGAAUUUCAUCGUCGGAAUCCAUUCUUCGUCAUUCCGCAAAAGGUCCAACUAUUCAGCCAGUUGCUCUUCAACUUGCCGAUUUUACCGUAUUACGAUUCGAAACGCGUGGCAUCUGUGAAAAUUUCAAAUAUAUAUUUGAUCCAUUCACUGUCAUCUUUAUGGAUAAACUUUACAAAAACAUCGCUCAUCGAAAGGAUUUUCAAUUAACCAACUCAAGUAUUAGUCCAUUAGUAAUCAACUGGGCCAAUGUUGUGGGUGAUGAAAUAAUCAAUGUUGAACCUGUUGCUGCAGAAAUUCCUCCUAAUGCAACUUGUCUAUUUACAUUGAUUCUAACUGGAACGAAAGUGGGCCAAGUAAAAGCUGAAAUACCGUAUGAAAUCGAGGGCAUCGAGGAAUGCGAAUACUUCCAUGUCGAAGCAGAAAUAAUUGGCCCAGAUAUUGACAUCGAUCCAACACCACUUGAUUUUGGCUUAAUUGAAUACGGAGAAACAGUCGAACAAAUUAUUAAAAUUAAAAAUUCAAGUCCAAUUCUUGCCAAAUGUCGUGUCCAAGAAGUGAAUCCAGAUGAAUCGAAACCGGUACUCUCGUUACCAGAAAACACCGAAUUCACACUAAAACCAGUUGAAAUUUAUGAUCUACCGAUUCGUAUCUUGGCGAAUCAAGAAGGUGCCUUAUUACAUCAUCUGGAAGUGAUCGUUGAAGACGGCAAAACCAUACCAAUUGAAAUCACAGCACUCAUUCAGCGACCAAGUGCCUAUCUGUCACCUGUGGAACUUGACUUUAGUGAAUCAUUUCUCAAUGUACCGAUCGUUCGCUAUAUUGAACUUUAUGCUGUCAAUGCAUUACCAACACAUUUUCGAUGGGGAGAAGUAUCCUGUGCUGAUAAAAGUCAAUGUUUAGUCGAAAUGAAUCCUCCUAUGGGUACAAUCUAUAAUAGCCGAUCUGCUAUGAUCGAAGUUGUCUUUAUUCCAAAACAGCUGGGAAUAUUAAACAAUGAUUGGCAUAUUCCUUGUUAUAUUCAGAAUGCUUCGCAGCCAAUCUUUCUUAAAUUGAAUGCUGUCAUGAAGAGCAUGAAUGUUGAAUUUCGACGUGAUGAAAAUGUAUUUCAAUUCGACGAACAGUUCACACUUGAUUUCAACAAUGUACCACUGGGAGAAAAAUCACGUUUGGAAUUGUCAGUAACAAAUUUAACAGAUAUUCAAAGCAGUGUGAAAGCGAAUAUUGCGAAAUUCAAGACCAAAAUUGUACCAACGAUGAAUGAACAGAAAAUGCAAAAUUUCGAACCAUUGAAUCCUGAAAUUGGUGUUGGAUUCCAUUUGGACAAGGCUGACAGCGAUAGUUAUCUGUUACCACCACGCGGAACUGCAGUUAUUCCUGUAUCCGUAACGAGCUCUAUGUGGGGAACUUAUACUGAUCUCCUACAACUACAAAUUGAUGGAGUUGAUGGAAUCCGGGAAAUACCUCUACAAGUUCAUAUAACAGGACAUCCGAUCAAAACAUAUCUGUGUAGCAACCAAAAUGACAGUAACAUCUCAUCUCUACCUGCAGUUCAAUUCGGCUUAAUGCUGCAUAAUUCUCUUCCUAUAAAAAAGAAAGUUCAUAUGCAAAACAUCUCUCAUAUACCCAUAUGUAUCGAUUGGGUUGUUUACGAUAUUCCAGAAGAAAUACCAGAGAAACCGAAACUUAUCGAAUUGAUAUCUGUGAUCGAUAAUAAUCCAUUCAAUCACUUUGCAAGUGAAACAACAAUCAUGGAAAAUAACGACGAAAUUAUGUCUCAAACAACGAUCUCAACAAAAACACAUUCUAGAUCAGCUUCGCGGAUAUCUACUCAUUCAGCGAUUAGCUCUAUAGAUACUAGACCGACACCAUUGAUAAAACUUUAUGUUGAACCUUAUCGAGGAAAACGAGCUUCUGAUAUCAGUCCGAUCUUUACGACUUCACCAAUCACACAAGUGAUUAAACCAAGAGAACACUUUUACCUUGAGGUGACCAUGUUACCUCGUAAUUGUCCAGUUAAAGAUCGUCCAAUUAAAUGCAAUGCACGCGUCGUCGGUGUUUUAAGUGUUUCCGAAGACAGACAAGGUUCACCAAGCCAAGGUUUUCAACGCAAGAUCUUCUAUGAACAUGAAGAACAAAUCGAAUUCAAAAUCAAUGGUUCGCUAGAUGUGCCUUCCCUGCGCGUAGAACUUGAUGAUGAUGAUUGUAUUAUCGAAAAACCAGACGCAUUGUCAUUCGUUGUUCCUGUUGGUGAUAUCUUAUCAUGUCAACCCAAUCUGUACAAUUGUACGGUACCUUCAACUGGUAGAGCUUCUUCAAAAACUUCAGCGAAGUCAUCGACGUUUUCUGAACAAAAACGUGAGGGAAAGAUCUACACACAUACAUUCAAUUUAUUAAAUACACGACAAUAUACGAUCCCAUUUGACUUAUCUGUUUCGGAUCCAACGUUUCUCUCAAUUCAGCCGACCACAGUCACAACCUUGGCACCACAAUCGAAAGUGGGCGUUCAAUGUCAAUUUCAUCUCACACAGGAUUUCAUCGAUCGUUUCUAUACGUCGAAUUUGAAUAACAAUCAAACACUAUCGAAAGCUCAACAAACAAUAACAGCUGAACAUGGACGUCGAUUCCAGUGGCGAGAGCAAAUCAAAGUCAACUUUAACCAAAAUGAAAUGGAGCAAACAAUACCAAUCGAUAUUCGCCUGUAUUUUCCAAUUCUAACUGUUAAUUGUGAUCGAAUUGAUUUUGGUAAAUGUUUAAUUGAACAAACAAGACAGAAAGAGUUUAUUAUCAAGAAUUUAACUUGUUCGUCAGCAGCUUGGUCGAUACGAAAAGUUUAUGCAAACAAUCCUGAUGCGUACGAAGCAUUUCGAAUCGAACCGAAGUCUGGUAUAUUGAAAACUCAAUUGAACAAAAAAGAGAGAGCUGCUCAACAGGUGAUAUCAGUUUAUUUUACUGCUCGGCAUAAUCAAGUAUAUGAAUGUCAAUUACUCGUCGAGGGUUUAUUCGAUGAACCACCCAUUCCGAUCUACUUGUCGGGAGAAGGCACUUACGAUGGCAAAUACGAAGCAAUUCUUGAUAUUUAA